AUGCUGAAAUAUCGAAAUCAGAAGAAGCCGACGGCGCCAGUUAGAGUAGCGACAGACACCGUCAUCAGAUUAGGGCGCGAAGAUGACCGGGCUAUCUUGCGCGGUAUGUCCACGAACUACAUGAUGAGGUUCGACGAUGUUCUGGAUCCCCAGAAGCUCCGUCUGUCACUCGAAAGGCUUCUCAACAGACACGACUGGCGUAAAUUAGGGGCUAGGUUGCGGCUGAAUGACGACGACAAGCUGGAGUACCAUAUUCCCGCAGAGUUUACCGAAAAGCGGCCAGCCAUCGCGUACUCUCACGUCAAGCACAAUAUGACAAUCAGCGAGCAUCCCCUUGCAUCAAAGCUACCAAAAGCAACAUCCAAACCAGCCAUUGUAGGGGACCCCUCCGAAUUCCGGUCGCUUUCGAGCCGGCCAGGGGGCCCAACCAAGCUGGCCGACUAUAUCUACACCGACGAGCCGCAGAUUUCACUUCAUGUUGUCUCCUUUAGUGAUGCUACUUUGGUUUCGUUAUCUUGGCUGCACACACUCACUGAUGUCAUGGGCCGCAAAGAAUUGUUAGAUGCAUGGUCUCUAGUGCUGGAUGGCCGCGACAACGAGGUACGGUCGCUCCACGGCUUCGACUUCGAUCCGCUCGAACAACUGCAUGAGGAUGCCAUGGAAGUAUACAAACUUGCCGACAAGACGCUCUCAAGGUUUCAAUUGAUCUACUUCGGUUUGCGCUAUGCCUUGGAGUCCAUCCGGUUCAAGGAUGAACAACGCAUUGUCUGCAUUCCAGGGGCAUACGUGAACGACAUACGCCAGAAAGCCCUUCAAAAGCUCAAUGCCAAGACUGUAGACGUUGAUCGGGGAGACGAAAAGCAAGCGGUCAAUUUUGUUAGCGAGGGCGACGUGUUGAGUGCCUGGUGGCUACGCCACGCCAUAGCCCACAUUCGUCGUGGCUCAAACCAAACUGUCGCAGUAUUCAACCCAUUUGGACUGCGCAUACUCUUUGCCAAUGACCUUCUCCCCAGGACCAAGGCUUACGUGGGCAACGCUGUCAUGGGUGCCGUAACAUAUCUUUCCGCGAAGGAUAUCCAGACGAAACCGAUAUGGGACAUUGCCUCGGCACUUCGACAAUCCCUUGUAGAGCAGACCACUCGGGAACAGAUCAAGGGGCAGGCCAAGAUCAUCCGAGAGACAUAUGCCAGGACAGGAUAUGAGCCUCUAUUUGGUGACGGUGGUAUGCAUUUCGUCAGAUACACCAACUGGACCAAGGCCAAGCUGUUUGAUACGGACUUCUCUGCUGCAAUAGUACGACAAGGCGUCCAUGACGCGCAGAGAUGCACAAAGUCAGGACGUCCCUCAUACAUCCAGUACGACGUGCGUAUGAGUCGCUACAGCCCACGCGGAUCGUUCCCAAUUUAUGGAAAGGACGCAGCGGGCAAUUAUUGGCUUGGUGGCUGGGUGCGAAAAGGAUUGUGGGAUGUGAUAUCUAAGAAUCUGAAGCGAGGUUUCCACUGAGGUAAUGAGUCGGAAGAGCUGGACGAGGGUAUUUCGGCCACCCUUCGUAGCAUUCCAAAGUUCGGUUCACCUUACCUUAUAGAGAGAAUACAUGAAGCAGGAUCUUGAGACAAGAUAGUAUAAAGCG